AUGUACAUACCAGAAGAUGAACCAAGGAUUGAGUCCCCUGGGACAGGGCAUGAGCUUCUAGAGGAGCUGCUGACAUAUGAUGAUCUCUUUCUGGAAUCUUUCAAUGCUUUUCUAGCUCUGCCUGCUUUCCCGCUUCGACUGCAUUAUGACCGACUGACAGGACGGCUGCAGGAGCUUGAUGGCUUCUUUUCGGAGCCUCUCAACCAGAUGGACGUUGAGCCAAGUUCUCCUUGCUAUGGAGUGACUGAUGCAGAAAGGGAAAGAGCCCUGGCCUGGUUAGCACAGGAACGUCUCCUCCCAUUCCAAAGGACUGUCUUUUAUUUGGAGUACAAAUUGGCAAAGUUGCUAAUAUGUCCACUGGAUGAGAGCUAUCCAGUGAACCGCUAUGCAAUCCGUGGCUACAGUCGCCAGUCUGACAGCACUGCUGUUUCCAGCAUCCCCAGCCAUUCGUCAACAUGGGUACAAUCCACUGGAAUCCCAAGCCACAUGCUGUUAAGAUUUCCUAGUCAAACACGGAGUACCCCAGCCUACCUAGACCGCUUUGCAAGCUUACCUGGCCGAAUCACUGUUGGCUUCUCGUUGGAGUCUUCAAGUGUCUUGAGUUUGGGCCAGUCUCCAGCUUCAGAACGUCUGAGCAGCCUACAGCUACAGAGUCUCUUAUCUGGAUCCAGCAUAGAAAGCUCAAGUGGAAGGCUCAGAAGUGGUGGGGCCAGUGCUGGAGAGCCCAGGGUAUCUCUAAUUCCUAAGAGCAGAGCUGCUCUUCCUGUCUCCUCACUUAAGCAAGACUUCACUGAGCUUCACAUGGAUGGUUAUGGAAAGACAAUCUCAGAACCCAGGAAGACUUUGCAGUUUGACCUGGAUGAAACACCCAACUCCAAGGAAGAGCAGCUAGAUCUGUGUUACUCUCAAGGCUUUGGAACUGCAGCUCUGCAGCCACUCAAAGAAGAUGUUUUAGGGACUAGGGUUGGCAUGGACAGCUUCAGGCAGUUCCUGCAUGGAACGCUGGGGAUCCACCUCCUAGACUUUUGGAUAGAGUGUGAGGAUCUCAUGGAGCACACAAGAUGCUUGGAGGCCACAGCUUCACCCAAGGAGACACAGCUGUUCUUUUCCAGUGGCUUCCGAGACAUUCAAGCCAAGUACAAGCUGACAGUCCUUCCUGCUUUUCAGAAGGUGCUGGGUGAAACUGUAGGCCCUGAGGAAACAGCUUUUGCUGCUUUGAGCCGGAAGCAGUAUGAUGCCUUGAGACGUCUGCGUUCCUACUGGGUCCCUCGAUUUCUCAUUCACUACCAAAGGACCGCCCGAAUCAGGCUUGAACCUAGUUCAAGGCCCCAGAUGGAGGAGGAGCUUUUCCUGAGUACUGAUCUCCUAUCUUCUCUUAACACGGCAGCACUGCUUCCUGGUUUGGGUGACCAAAGGGAGAUGCUGAGCUCUUUGAAGAGAAAGAAAGACAAGAAAAUGCAAUUGAGAAAGAAAGGAAAACAUGGAAUUGCUCCAGCUGAGCAGCUGCAUUUCCCAGAGGACCCUUUUGAAAGACUGACGACCACCAGGUUUCUCCAGGCAUUGAUGUUUGACUUGGGGGAUGGUGAUGGUUUUCUUCACUACUUGGCUCGGUUUGAGAAUCCAGAGAAGAUCCAUAAUUUCCUGCUGUGGAGGAGACUAAAGCUAUAUAAAACUGCAUGGGAGCAGCAGGCAACCCAGUCUGAAGUCCACCAAAUUGCUUUGCAUAUUUUUGACACAUUUCUGGCAUCUAGUCCAGGAUGCAGUCUAGGACUUAGCUCAAGUAUGCUAGAAUAUGUCAAGCAUCUGGAGAGGACUCUUUCCACGCAGAGUGGAGACUUGAAACCUUCCACUUUUGAACCUGUAAUUCGCUAUGUAUUGGCUGUUCUGGGUAGCGCUUGGCUUGAUUAUCUUCACUAUGAAGUCACAACUUUCCUUGACUACUGUGUACCAACAUCUCACCUGAAAGCCCAAAGUACUGGGAGUAUAAAGCAAGAAGGAGAUAAGAGGCUAAGAGAGCAGAGUCAGAAUUUCUGGGUCAAUGACCCAAAAGGAAAAGAGCUGUACAGGAAAAGGCAUAGGAAGAAGGCACUUCCCAAGUCACACUUUACUAAGCAAGGGGGUAGAGAAAGAUCACCAUCCCCUCGGGAUGCUCCCACCCCUCCAAAUCCACCAGACGUGCUUGGUAACACAGUUGUCUUGAAUGUGUUUAGCAAGGCAGCUCGUAAAAUGCAGGCUGUAGAGCUGGAAGGGAUUCUGGGAUUGCUCCAGGAAGUGGAGGCCUGCCAGGAUGAGAAAAAACGUUUGGAUUGUGCAAUGAAAUUCCUAGAUAUGUUUGUCAAGCCAGGGGCUCUGGGAUCAAGCCCCUGUCUCCCCAAAGAACUGAAGAUGAUGUUAAAGAAAGAGUUGGUCCAGAAUAAAAUAAGCGAUGUUAGCUGGAAUGAAAUCCAACUUGCUUUGUGUUCCUUUGUUGCACCUGCUUUUAAGGAGUUUUGGGAUGAGAUAAGCGAACAGCUGAAGAAAUACAGGAUAGAGCCUUCACAAAUCACCGAAGAACGCUGGAAGAAGCUGGAACGGUUCCUUGAAUCAAUAGCUGCCAAAGUUGUUCUCAAGCAUUUAACGAGUCAGAAAGUUCAAACUGGAUCAGCAGCUGCCACAGUUCAACCCAGUAGAGAAGACAAGGCCUGUUUUUGGCAGUCUCUCAGGAAGGCAGCUGAGGGCUCUCCCACUAUUGAAAUGCUCCAUUUUCUGAAACACCUCCAGGUUCAUGGCCUUCCUGUGCUGGAAAAUGGACUGCAUUUUCUACUGGAAGUACAGAAAUUCAAGAAUGCUCAUCAUGCCUGGCCUGACAUGGCGCUUCUGAAGAAAAAAGUCUGUGUGAUCCGCGACUGUUUCCUCACCUCUCAGAUUGAGCCCCGGCUUCAGGUGACAAUGGAUACGCAGAGGCUGAGCAGAGCUAUCAGGGCAGCUGAGCUGGUCCUCCAGGAGGAGAUUCCACUGCCUCCUCCGAGCUUAUUUGAUGAACUGAAGAAUUCAGUCUUCAGCCUCCUGCUGCCAUACUGGGCUGCCUUCUGGAAAAAUUGGAUCAAGUGUUCUUCCACGAGUGCACAGAAAGUCCCAGUGCUACGAAAUCAACUGCUGCUCCUGAAAAGGCGAGCCAUGCUUGAUGAAGAGCAACCCCCACAGCCUCUCCAACUACCACUGCUCCGACAGGCCAGGGGUUGCCAGGGAAGCAGAAGCCAGGGUGGGUUCACUUAUACCUUCUCCAUCAGUGAAGGCCUCACACUACAGGAUAUGGCUCAAGAAGGCACAAGCUACAGUGAGACAAACUCUUCUGUGUUCAAGAUCAGGAAGAAGGCAACAAGAUUUUCACUUCCCUCCAUUCCCAAAGCUCCAGUACUGAUUCAAGGCCAUUCCCCUGAUCCCAAGACAGGAAAUUACCAUGGGUUGUUGGCAUGAACAUGGAUGGGGCUGUAACCAGAAACAGCUUGUGGAAUAUUUUAUUGUGAGGUUUUGAUAAAGCACUAGAUGGACUGAAGAGAGGGGCACACUAGAGUGAGCUCUUGGACAAAAGCUCAUUCAGCUCAGAAUAUAAACAGACAUACUCAUGUGCACGCGCACUUCGGGCUUGACUACGUGAUGAAAUAGUUGAGACGUCAUUGUCACGGAUGUUUUUAAUCUAAAAUGUUGACUACAUGAUGUGAUGUUAAUAGCAAGUCAGCCCGGUCAUUUUUAAUGGUCAUUCAG